AUGGCUUGUCCUAACAAUUCUACAGUAUCAAACGUAACAAUUCCUGUUGUAACCAUUUCAAAAGCUGGAGAUGUCAUAGACAAGUAUAUCUCUGCUGGAAAGAAAGUGGAGAUUAUGCUUUAUUCGCCAGAUCGCCCCAUUGUGGACUACUCAGCAAUGUUCAUAUGGAUGAUGGCUGUUGGCACAAUAUUUUGUGCAUCUUUUUGGUCGGAGUUUACUACAUCUAAGGAAAACGAUUUCAAUGAACAGUCACCAGAGGUGAUUGCUGGAGGUUCCAGGGAAGAAGAUGACAAGGAAAUUCUAAAUAUCACUACAAAGAGUGCUUUUGUAUUUGUCAUCACAGCGUCUACGUUUCUGUUGCUACUUUACUUUUUCAUGUCUUCUUGGUUUGUCUGGCUGCUGAUAAUACUUUUCGCUAUUGGUGGAGUUGAGGGAAUGCAUAGCUGUAUAAUAUCCCUGGUAUCGAGCAAAUGUAAAGAUUGUGGAAGGAAGAAGUUGAAUUUGCCGCUUCUUGGGGAGAUUUCUGUUCUUUCUCUUGUGGUCUUGAUAUUAUGUGUGGCAUUUGCAAUAUCCUGGGCAGCAACUAGGAAAGCAUCAUACUCUUGGAUCGGUCAAGAUAUUCUGGGAAUUUGUUUGAUGAUAACUGUUCUGCAGUUGGCUCAGUUGCCUAAUAUAAAGGUUGCUACGGUGCUUCUGUGUUGUGCAUUUCUAUACGACAUCUUUUGGGUUUUCCUUUCGCCUGCUAUAUUCCAUGACAGUGUAAUGAUUGCAGUUGCCCGCGGUGACAAAGCUGGCGGAGAAUCCAUCCCAAUGCUUCUGAGAAUUCCUCGAGUAUCAGAUCCUUACGGUGGCUAUGAUAUGAUUGGUUUUGGGGAUAUUCUCUUUCCUGGUUUGUUGGUUUGUUUUGCUUUCAGAUUUGACAAAGCUAGAAAGAAGAAUGUACUAAAUGGAUACUACAUCUGGAUGAUAGUAGGUUAUGGAAUUGGUCUUUUAUUCACAUUCUUGGGGAUGUACCUAAUGAACGGUCAUGGUCAACCUGCUCUCCUAUAUCUUGUGCCCUGCACGCUAGGAGUUUAUGUGUUGCUUGGAUUGCUGAGAGGCGAACUUAAAGACCUAUGGAACUAUGAUAGCGAAUCAACAAGAGUUGCAGACUCACUAUUGGAAGACGCCUGAUCGAUGGAGAGAUGGGAGAAAUAUUAAAUCUACAAACACAAGCCAUUGGUGUAUAAACUGUUCAUAGAAUUUAAGUUCCAGGACGUUCAUGGCUGUGUUACAUAUGUAUAUUUUCCGUUCGCGACAGAUUUUUCUUUCACCUUCAAUUUCCACUGCAGCUAUUCUUGAUCAAUAUGUAAACAUUACAGUAAUCAUACAAAAAGGAGAAGUUCUAAUGAAUCAGUUUUAGUAGUCA